ACCCACCUUUGGAAGGAGCUCACUAUGACAGGGCAGAGUCUGAGGGCUUUGUCUGAAGCGAAUUUUGAAGACAAUGAGAUCAGCAUCAACGUUGGAGGCUUUAAGAAAAAGAUGAGAUCCAACACAUUAUUAAGGUUCCCCGAGACCAGGCUGGGCAAAUUGCUGAGCUGCCACUCAAAGGAGUCGAUACUGGAGCUUUGUGAUGACUAUGAUGACACCAAGAAUGAAUUUUAUUUUGACAGGAACCCCGAGCUCUUUCCUUAUGUGCUACAUUUUUAUAACACUGGCAAGCUCCAUGUGAUGGGUGAACUCUGUGUGUUUUCUUUCAGCCAGGAGAUUGAAUACUGGGGAAUCAAUGAAUUCUUUAUAGACUCCUGCUGCAGUUAUAGCUACCAUGGGAGGAAAAUGGAGCCAGACCAAGAGAAAUGGGAGGAACAAAGUGACCAGGAAAGUACGACAUCUUCUUUUGAUGAGAUUUUGGCAUUCUACAAUGAUGCUUCUAAAUUUGACAAACAGCCCUUUGGAAACAUCAGGAGGCAGCUCUGGCUUGCUUUGGAUAAUCCUGGGUACUCAGUUUUAAGCCGGAUCUUCAGUGUCCUUUCAAUAGUGGUGGUGCUGGGCUCCAUUGUGACCAUGUGCCUGAACAGCCUCCCAGACUUUCAGAUUGUUGACAGCAAUGGGAACCCUGAGGAGGAUCCUCGCUUUGAAAUCGUGGAACAUUUUGGUAUUGCAUGGUUCACUUUUGAACUGGUGGCAAGAUUUGCAGUAGCUCCUGACUUUUUAAAAUUUUUCAAGCAUGCCCUGAAUUUGAUUGACCUAAUGUCUAUCCUUCCAUUUUAUAUUACAUUAAUUGUCAACUUGGUGGUGGAAAGCAGUCCUACUUUAGCAAAUUUAGGCAGAGUUGCACAAGUCCUGAGACUCAUGAGGAUCUUCCGCAUACUAAAGCUUGCUAGACACUCCACAGGUCUCAGGUCUCUCGGAGCCACCCUGAAGUACAGCUACAGAGAGGUGGGGCUUCUUUUACUCUACCUCUCUGUUGGCAUCUCCAUUUUCUCAGUAGUGGCUUACACCAUUGAGAAAGAAGAGAAUGAGGGGUUAGCCACCAUCCCUGCUUGUUGGUGGUGGGCUACUGUUAGCAUGACCACAGUCGGCUAUGGGGAUGUGGUGCCAGGGAGCACUGCUGGCAAGUUGACAGCAUCUGCAUGCAUCCUAGCUGGUAUCCUAGUGGUAGUGCUUCCCAUUACACUGAUCUUUAAUAAAUUCUCCCACUUCUAUAGGCGUCAGAAGCAGUUAGAGAGUGCCAUGAGAAGCUGUGAUUUUGGUGAUGGCAUGAAAGAAGUUCCAUCUGUCAACUUAAGGGACUACUAUGCUUAUAAAGUUAAAUCCCUUAUGGCCAGUCUGACCAAUAUGAGCAGGAGUACCCCCAGUGAGUUGAGCCUGAACGAUUCACUGCAUUAG